AUGUCAGACACAAAGGCCCUGGAGAGGAUGGUCAGCAGGACAACUCUGACCACCCAGAGGAUCCGCCACACACACAUUCUUGCUUUAGGAGAGCGGCUCCGGGCUCGGGUGUCCGCCUCCACCGCGGCAGAUGCCCGCGCUGCACCAUUCCCAAACGCUCCUGCCACGAGCCUGCCUUUGGACCGCGCGGUGCGGCCCGAUUGUGCCUGGAAGGAGGAUGUCCAGCGUGCGGCUACUAAGGAGACAGAGAAAGCCCUGAAGGUCCAAGAGGAGAGUCGCCGGUCUCUGGUGAGUGUGAGAGCAAAUCCUGCUGCAGCUGCCAGAGAAGCUCUGGGACCGCAGAGGCUUUGCACACCUGCGAGCACAGUUCCAGGAGGCCCUUGCAGGCCAGGGAGAGGCUGGGGGCUGAGAGGACGCAGGGCCAGCGCGUGGAGCUCCAGGCCCAACUCGAGGCUCGCUGCACCGGCCCGAGGGAACAGACGGAGGGGGAGACACGGCUGGCCGCGGGAGGAGCUGAAGGGGGAGUCGGAGCUGGAGAGAGAGCAGGAGAUGAGGGUCAUAAAAGAACAGAUGGAGGUGCAUGUGCAGGAGUGUGUAUCAGUGGCGGAGCGCCGCGUGGGGGAGGAGCGUAGGAGCACAGCUCAGAUGGAGAGAGAAACCCUGCAAGACAGCCAUGCCCAGGAGAUAUCGCUGCUUCAGGACAGGCUACAGCAGCUGCAGGGCACUCUGGUACAGGUCAGCAGGGAGCGGAUGUGGUAUGAGACGGAGUUCAAGAAGGUGCAGGCUAGCUACAGGCAGUUUGUUGAUCUGACUGAUACCUCCCUCCACUCUGAUUACCUGUUAAAGCUGCGAUGCCUUGGCAGGGAGCCAGGCCUCAUGGAGAACACAACACAAACUGAUGUCAGCCAUAUUCCCACCAUACCCUGACUUAUGCCUCAUUGUGUAUUUGAUUGCUACAUUUGUCUGCACUAUUUUUUUUUUUUUGGUUCACUGUGUCACAUUUUUAGCACGUUUCCAUUAGUGACAUACUCAAUUAAAUACCUAAAUGAUGGUGUAUUA